CGUCACCGGCUACGGAGUCCCUACGCUACCAACUUCCGCAUUGACCCACCCCAUCGCGAGACUUUGGCGGCGCAGCAAUGGCAAGACCGUGAGUACCGCUGACGGGAUCUAUAGAACGAGUUAGGACGGGGCUGGGUCGGGGUCGGGCCGCGGGGGAGCCGACAGGUUCAGGCCCUCUGGAGGGAGUGGCGGCUGGGGCGUGAGGCAGUCCUCCCCCGCCCGCCGCCCGCCGCCCGCCGCCCGCCGCCCAGUUCCCGCCCCUUCCCCAGAUGCCGCGACACUGCUCCGCCGCCGGCUGCUGCACACGGGACACGCGUGAGACUCGCAACCGCGGCAUCUCCUUCCACAGACUUCCUAAGAAAGACAACCCCAGGCGCGGCUUGUGGCUGGCCAACUGUCAGCGGCUGGACCCCAGCGGCCAGGGCCUGUGGGAUCCGGCCUCUGAGUACAUCUACUUCUGCUCCAAACACUUCGAGGAAAACUGCUUUGAGCUGGUGGGAAUCAGCUGCUCUGAAGGUCAAGGACCCACAGCUCCAUUUUCUCCACCUCCUACCGAUAUCAUCUGCUUCCCUGUGGAAGAAGCCUCAGCGCCUGCCACUCUGCCUGUAUCCCCAGCUGUGAGGCUGGAACCUGGCCUUAACAGCCCCUUCUCAGAUCUUCUGGGCCCUCUAGGUGCCCAAGCAGACGAAGCAGGCUGUAGUGCCCAGCCUUCGCCAGAGCGGCACCCCUCCCCUCUUGAACCACGGCCUAUCUCCCCAUCUGCAUACAUGGUACGGCUGCCACCGCCUGCUGGAGCCUACAUCCAGAAUGAGCACAGCUACCAAGUGGGGAGUGCCUUGCUCUGGAAGAGGAGAGCUGAAGCGGCUCUUGAUGCUCUGGACAAGGCCCAGCGCCAGCUGCAGGCCUGCAAACGUCGGGAGCAGCGGCUUAGGCUUCGACUGACCAAGCUGCAGCAAGAACGGGCGCGAGAGAAGCGGGCACAGGCAGAUGCCCGCCAAACCCUUAAGGACCAUGUCCAGGACUUUGCUAUGCAGCUGAGCAACAGCAUGGCCUGAGGACACAACUAGGCUCUGGCCACUCUUCCUCAGACUGCAUCCGCCACGCUGGACAGAAGGCAUAAUAAAGUGGAUGCUAGAAAGAGAC